ACCUAAGAUACAGUGGAUACUCCCCAAGUGGGUCGCUUGAACGGCACGCCACUGCUGGUAGGGGACGACACGGCUAAGACGAGUCUGUUCUGCUUACCACUGAAAACUUUGGCAACAGCUAAAGGAAUUAGCAAACUAGCCCACCAAUUAAAUUAAUAGUUUUUAAAGCUGUCGUGAUUGGGUGUGAUGCUUGGGGUGGCUGGAAUGACGGGCAGCAUUGCUAAUGCCCUGGCCAGUGCAGCCUGUGAGCGAUGUAAGAGUGGCUUUGCUCCAACUGAGAAGAUUGUCAACAGUAAUGGAGAGCUGUACCAUGAGCAGUGCUUUGUGUGUGCUCAGUGUUUUCAGCAGUUCCCAGAUGGACUCUUCUAUGAGUUUGAAGGAAGAAAAUAUUGUGAACAUGACUUCCAGAUGCUCUUCGCCCCUUGCUGUCAUCAGUGUGGGGAGUUCAUCAUUGGUCGUGUGAUUAAGGCCAUGAACAAUAGUUGGCACCCUGACUGCUUCUGUUGUGACAUUUGCCAGGCUGUACUUGCAGAUGUGGGGUUUGUCAAAAAUGCUGGCAGGCACCUGUGUCGACCAUGCCAUAACCGCGAGAAAGCUCGUGGCCUGGGCAAGUAUAUCUGCCAGAAGUGCCAUGCCAUCAUUGAGGAGCAGCCACUGAUUUUUAAGAAUGACCCAUAUCACCCAGACCACUUCAACUGCAGCAACUGUGGGAAAGAAUUGACAGUUGAAGCCAGGGAACUCAAGGGAGAGCUCUUCUGUUUGCCCUGCCACGACAAGAUGGGUGUACCAAUCUGUGGCGCCUGUAGGAGACCUAUUGAGGGGCGUGUUGUCAAUGCCAUGGGCAAGCAGUGGCAUGUGGAGCAUUUUGUGUGUGCCAAGUGUGAGAAGCCUUUCCUCGGUCAUCGGCAUUACGAGAGGAAGGGAUUGGCUUACUGUGAGACUCAUUAUAACCAGCUCUUUGGCGAUGUGUGCUAUCACUGCAACCGAGUGAUUGAAGGGGAUGUGGUGUCUGCUCUCAACAAGGCUUGGUGUGUCAGCUGUUUCUCAUGCUCCACCUGCCACACUAAACUCACUCUCAAAGAUAAGUUUGUUGAAAUUGACCUGAAGCCGGUAUGCAAGCACUGCUAUGAGCACAUGCCUGAGGAGCUGAAACGACGCUUGGCUCGGCGUGAGCGGGAUGCCAAAGACCGCAAGAAAAAACCUGCUGUCUGUCUGUAGUGUUAUUAUUGUUACCAACUCACCACUCCAUCCUGGUUGGAACAAGUUUGUUGAGUUUGACAUGAAGCCUGUUUGUAAAAAGUGUUAUGAGAAGUUUCCUCUGGAGCUGAAGAAAAGGCUCAAGAAGCUAGCAGAGUCCUUGGGACGCAAGUAAACUUCUGGCCAAACAACCUGGAAGUGUUCCUACUGUGUGUGGGAUGUAAAACAUCCAGGACGAAUGCAGAAUAACAACAUAAGGACCCAGCAUCACACCAUAACACCAAGAUUAGUCAUUUAAAGGGCAUCCGGUU